AUGUUUGCUUUGAAGCAACUUCGCCAUGGCUUCAGUGUAAGCAAGCCUAUGGUAACUUUUUGCAUUAAGAAGCUAAAUACAAAUAUUCCGGAAGGUCUACGCGAAUUCUUCGAUGAUCCGGCAAAUUAUGGUAAAGAUGAACUUGAUGAAAAGAACAAGCCUGGCCGUCCAUGGAAUAAGGAUGAACUAAGAUUAAAAUCAAACACCGACCUUCAUAAAUUAUGGUACAUACUAUUGAAGGAACGCAAUAUGUUGCUGACAAUGCAGGAAGCAUGUGUCCAGAAAGCGCGCCGUAUGCCCAAUCCGGAUCGAAUUGAGAAAGUUGCUGAGAGCAUGUGCAAUCUCGAAUCAGUGGUACACGAACGUAACGAUGCCUAUUUUCGUCUUGAAACAGGAGAUGGUGCUGAUCCACCUAUGCGGACUGUCACAUCUUUUGCAGGCUUUACUUAUCAGUUUUGCAUUAAUAUCAAUUUUUCUGUUAGGAUAUUUGUCUUUGUUCUUUCUUUAGUUAAAUUUAUUCCCUUUAGGAAACGUGCCGUAGAGCACCUUACUCCCCCGGAUAAGCAAAAUCAAAAAGAAUAUGAGGUGCCCUAUCUCGACGAUGAUGCUUACUUAAUGCAGAAAUUGUGGGCUGAAAAAGAGCAUGCAAAACAACGUGAUGCUUUAGAUGAUGAAGUAAGACGAAGGCGGCGUAGUAAAGAUCAAGUGAAAUAUCGACGCUCAGCCCGCUCUUAUAUCAAUGACAUCGCUCAGCUUAAAGAAUUAUCCAGACUUCGGCCAACCUGGAAAAAAUCGGAACAGAAAUUGAAGGAUAGGAAAAUCCCUGAGCUCAAUGAGUUUUUAUUGAAACGUGAUUAUAUCGGUGCUAUGUCAUUAUUACAGUUCCAGUCAAAAAAUGGCAAUAUUGAUGAUUUGACGGAUCUUUGGCUCGGACAUUGUGCUUUUCAUGCUGGCGAAUAUCGGAAAGCAAUACCGAUAUAUGAAAGAAUGCUGAUUAGGAAGAAUUGUCCAUCGGAAGUGAAUGUUUAUAUCGCAUGUUGCUUUUUUUUCCUUGGCUUAUGUGCAGAAGCCAAACAAUAUGCCGAAAAAGGUCCAAAGAAUGCACUCCAGAAUCGCUUACUGUUCCAUCUAGCAUAUCGAUUGAAGGAUGAGAAACAGCUGGUAAUGAGCCGAAGUAAUCUGCAGGAUACUGUUGAAGAUCAGUUAUCACUUGCCGCGAUGCAUUAUAUACGUUCACAUUAUCAAGAAGCUAUUGAUAUCUAUAAAAAGAUUCUAACCAGUAAAAAGAAUUUCAUUGCUUUGAAUGUUUAUCUUUCUUUAUGCUAUUAUAAGCUUGAUUACUACGAUCUUUCACUUGAAGUGUUGCAAUUUUAUUUGAAUGAAAAUCCGGACAGUGCCAUUGCUAUAAAUCUGCGAGCCUGCAAUCACUACAAAUUAUACAAUGGCAAAACUGCAGCGAAAGAACUUCAAAAGUUACAAAAUGUGAAAGCGUCAAGUUUCAUGUUUGUAAAGGAUCUCAUCUCUCACAAUACAGUCGUUUUUCGUGAUGGAAAUGCCGCACUUCAAGUCUUUCCACCACUUAUCGAUAUUUUUCCUGAAGCAAAACUGAAUUUGAUAAUUUUCUACUUGAAAAGAGGUGAAGUUGAAGCAGCACUUAAUCUGAUAAGCGAUAUCAAUCCACAACAUCCAACUGAGCAUCUUCUGAAAGCAAUCACAUAUUGUAUCAUUAGUUAUCAGAAGAAAUCUAAGAAGCACUUGGAAGUGGCUCAAGAGCACUUUAGGAUAGUUGGAGAAUCACCUGCUGAAUGCGAUACAAUUGUCGGUCGGCAAGCUAUGGCGUCCUCUUACUUUUUAAGCAAUCAAUUUGACAACGUGCUUGUUUAUUUGAAUUCAAUUAAAACCUAUCUCCACGACGAUGACACAUUUAAUUUCAACAUUGGUCAAGCCUUAUUAGCUAGUGGUAACAGCGCAGAAGCCGAGGCUAGCCUAUUACUUGUGGUUGAUGAAGAAUUGAGGAAAAAACCAGUAUAUUUUCUUAGCCUUGCUCGAGCCUAUAUCCAAAACGGUAAAAGUAACUUAGCCUGGGAAAUGUAUGGAAAGAUGAAGGACUCCGAUAAUGACCUCAAAUUACUAUUUUUAAUUGCGAACGAUUGUUAUAGGAUUGGUGAUUAUUUGUACUCAGCAAAAUCCUUCGAUGCUCUGGAGAAAAUCGAACCGAAUCCGGAAUAUUGGGAAGGCAAACGUGGAGCUGUUAUUGGAGUGUUCAAACUGGUCGUGGAACAGAAAGCACUACCUGAUCAUCUUCGCGAAGCGAUCAUUUUGUUGGAAAAAAGUCGACAUCCGCAAGUUGAAUACAUCACUAACAUUAUCCGACGAUAUAUUCGAGAAAAUAAUUUGAACAUAUGA